AUGGUUCGAGCUAGGCAAGUUGACACUGUGGUACUACAACUGAUUUUGGAUGCUAUUUCCAAGAUUCGUGGUCAAAAACAGCGUCCAUCGGAUGAAAGAAUUUGCAAUAUCCUACAUACUCAAGGUUAUGAUAAACACGAAACGAUAGAGUUAUUAGAAAAUUGUGUGCGCGAAGGUCAUAUUCUACAGGUCCAUAAUAAAGGUAAAGUCUCCUAUCGUGAUCCUAGUGCUGCUCCAAAUCGAUUUAUUUCUACAUCAACAUCGUCGACACCUUCAACUACCACUACCAAUACUGUAGUCCCUGUAAUACCUCCUGAUUUGCAGCAAUUUAUUGUGGCCGCCCUAAGGCAAUUGAAAGAAAAUGAUGGAUCAACCUUGCAAGAGAUUGGACGAUUUUUGAUUGAUCGACAGCUGGUUAAAACUGAUAUCAAUCAACUCUUAUCCCAGUUGCGGUUUGAUAUGAAACGAUGCCUAAAGUCAGGAACCAUAGUAAAAAAUGGCAAAUUUUAUCGAUUAGUUUCUCGAUCUAUUAAACGCAAAAAAAAGAUUGAACCUAGUCCUAUUUGUAGCUUUUGCUUGCAACCAGCUAAAAAGAAUAGAAGUAACGAAUAUGAGGAAUUGCUAUCUUGUGUUGAUUGUGGCAAUAGUGGACAUCCAUCAUGUCUAAAGUACUCUCCAGAGUUAACUUCCAGAGUAAAGACAGAACCAUGGCAAUGUAUAGAAUGUAAAACUUGCUCUUAUUGCCAAAACGCUGGAAAUCCCGACAAUUUACUAUUUUGCGAUGCUUGUGAUAAAGGAUUUCAUAUGGAAUGCCUUUCACCACCACUGACAGGGAUGCCAUCAGGACGUUGGGUUUGUGAUUUAUGCCAGGGCAAACGUGCAAAUAAGUCCCUGAAGAAAAGAGGAAGACCAACAGGCGAAAGCCCUACGAAUCACAAGAAGAGACGACAAUCACUGACCACAUUAGAAAAUUCUAAUUCACGAAAGGAUCUGGAUACAGGAGAUCUGCCUUGUGGUAAGAAAUGCCUGAUUUUUAAACUUUGUAAGCAUAAUAUCGAUUCUAAUUCUUUAUCAAACGAAGAUGUUACAGAAACGGAUUAUACGCUAUUCCGAAAAGCAAGAGAUAAAACUGCUGAAAAAGCGGCUGCUCUGUCGUCAAAUUUACAACCGACUAGAUCGCCAGAUGUGAUUGAAUUUGGAAAAUUUAAAAUAAGUACAUGGUUUUCGGCACCUUAUCCCCAAGAAUAUGCUAGCUUACCGGAAUUGUAUCUUUGUGAAUUUUGCCUAAAAUAUUUAAAAAGCAGAAGUAUUCUUGAGAGGCAUAUGAGCAAAUGUUCGUGGCUACAUCCGCCUGCUAAUGAAAUCUACAGAAAGCAUGAAUUAUCAGUAUUUGAAGUAGAUGGUAUGACAAACAAGAUUUAUUGUCAGAAUUUAUGCCUAUUAGCAAAAUUAUUUCUUGAUCACAAGACGUUGUAUUAUGAUGUGGAACCGUUUUUAUUUUAUGUCCUAACUAAAAAUGAUGAAUAUGGCUGCCAUCUCGUAGGCUAUUUCUCUAAAGAGAAAAGUUGUCAACAGCGAUACAACGUGUCAUGCAUAAUGACUCUACCGCCUUAUCAAAAGCAAGGUUUUGGUAGAUUCCUCAUAGACUUCAGUUAUCUACUAUCUCGUGUUGAGGGUCAACCGGGUACACCGGAGAAGCCUUUAUCACCUCUAGGAAUGAUCAGUUAUCAUCGUUACUGGCAGUCAGCUAUCUUAGAAUACUUCCAUUACCACAGUAACGAUGAGCAUGUAACUAUAAAGGACAUUAGUAGAGCAUCUGGCAUCGAUCCACAUGAUAUUGCCGCAAUGUUAGAAUAUAUGAAUAUGAUCCAGAGAUCUGAUGAAGGGUUCGUUAUUAUCGUCGACAAUGAUCGUGUAAAAAAACAUAUGGAAAAACUAGCUAAUAGGAAACGUAUUGAGACUGAUCCGGAAUGCCUUCAGUGGACACCAUUGGUAAGUGGCAAUGUUUUCUUCAGUGACUAUGAAGCGGAGGAAAAAUUCGAUAAAUUAGACAAUUGCAAUAGCUCUGAUAUUGAAGACGCCAUAGUUGACGUUGGUGAUGUUAAGGAUGACGUAUACAUCAGCUGUAAUGGCGAUAGUAAUGGUGAAGACUCUAAAACUACUGCGAUAGUUAAAGAUGAAGAAUUAACACUGGCAGAAUUAAAUAAUGACAACUCACAAGGUACAGAUGGAAGUAGCCAACAAAAUAUACCAUCUAAACGCCGUCGUGGACGCCCUAGAAAAUAUCCUGUAGCACAAUUAUCAGACCUUACUGAUGAAACUAAUGGUGACUUAGAUGAUCGAAUAGAGGAUAAUGCAUUAUCUGACCGGAAUUGUUUGCCUUCAACGGUAGAUGACUCGAAUGAUAUUGAUCAUACUAUCGAUAAUUGCCUUAGUCUUAACGGACUAAGUAACGACUUAGAGAACGGUAGUAAUAAUGAUUAUUCGAAUGAAAAUUCUGACAAUAAUGAACGUGAUCAUACAGCUACGCUCGUGGAAAGUGCAACUGAUGAUGUGGAAAGUAUCAGUAGUAAUGGUGGAGUUGUUGGUAACGGAGAUAGUUAUGCCGGUGGCACGGAUUCAGAAACCGAUCAUCGUUGA